ACAAAAAAAAAAGAAAAAAGAAAAGAAAAGAAGGCAGUACAACUUAAAAAUCAGUCACUGAACAAAAAAGAAAAGAAAAGACAUGUUUCUGCUUUUGAAGCCUCUCCUUUCUCUACAAGAUUUAUCUCUUAACCUCAUCUCGGUAAUGUUCCAUGGAGAAAUACUUAAAGCAUCCGUGGAUAGUGUGGGGAUAAGCAUGGACACUAUGUGGAGAGAAACAAGGAGUGUACUCAUAGUUCCAGUGUUCAAGUGUGUGGUAGCUAUGUGUUUGGUCAUAUCAUUAUUGAUUUUCAUGGAGAGUGUUUACAUGAACAUUGUAGUACUCUACGUCAAGUUGUUUAACCGAAAACCUGAGAAGGUCUACAAAUGGGAGGCAAUGCAGGAAGAUAUGGAGCUUGGUCAUCAAAACUAUCCGAUGGUCCUUGUCCAAAUUCCAAUGUACAACGAACGAGAGGUCUUUGAAUUAUCUAUAGGUGCUGCGUGCAGACUAACGUGGCCAUCGGACCGCCUAAUCGUUCAAGUUUUAGAUGAUUCUACCGAUCCAGCCAUCAUGGAACUGGUGAGCAUGGAAUGUGCAAAAUGGGCAUCAAAAGGCAUUAACAUAAAGUAUGAGAGGCGAGACAACAGAAAUGGCUACAAGGCUGGAGCUCUUAAGCACGGCAUGAGACACAGCUACGUCAAGCACUGCAACUAUUUGGCCAUCUUUGAUGCUGAUUUCCAGUCCGAGUCAGACUACCUCCAACGCUCUAUCCCCUUUCUUAUCCACAACCCUGAGGUCGCUCUAGUUCAAGCUCGAUGGAGAUUUGUGAACGCGAACACAUGCUUAGUGACGAGGAUGCAAGAGAUGUCUCUCAACUACCAUUUCAUGGCAGAGCAACAAUCUGGAUCCACAAGACAUGCUUUCUUUGGCUUUAAUGGAACUGCGGGAGUAUGGAGAAUGGCGGCGAUGGAAGAAGCUGGAGGAUGGAAGGACCGGACGACGGUAGAGGACAUGGACUUGGCCGUUCGUGUUGGUCUUCUUGGUUGGAAAUUUAUCUUCGUCAAUGACCUCGAGGUGAAAAGCGAGCUACCAAGCCAAUUUAAGGCCUUUAGAUUCUAGCAACAUCGGUGGUCUUGUGGUCCAGCCAAUCUUUUUCGGAAAAUGACGAUGGAAAUUAUUCACAAUAAGAAAGUGAAGAUUUGGAAGAAGUUUUACGUGAUCUACAGCUUCUUUUUCCUACGGAAGAUCAUAGUCCACUUCUUCACUUUCUUCUUUUACUGUGUCAUCCUUCCUACAAGUGUCUUCCUUCCCGAAGUCAAAAUUCCGAACUGGUCGACUAUAUACGUUCCUUCUAUCAUCACCCUCUUCAGUGCCAUCGCCACUCCAAGAUCAUUCUACCUCGUGGUUUUUUGGAUCUUAUUUGAAAAUGUAAUGGAUAUGCACCGGACCAAGGGAACUUUGAUUGGCUUAUUUGAAGGAGGAAGAGUCAAUGAAUGGGUUGUCACAGAGAAAUUAGGAGAUACUCUUAACACUAAGCUACUUCCCCGGAAUGGGCGACUUCUGAAAAGAGUAAAUUUGAAGGAGAUGAUGAUGGGUAUAUACAUAUUAUGUUGUGCCUGCUACGACUUUGCCUUUGGGAACACAUAUUUAUAUUUGUAUCUCUUCAUGCAAGCCACUGCUUUUCUCAUCUCCGGAAUUGGCUUUGUUGGAACUUAACACGACUCAUAUGAAAAUCUUCUACUUUGUAAUCAAGUAUAUGUGCAAUAACCAUUCUCAUGUUGAUAAAAUUGUGAAUCCAUUUUUUUAGCAUGAUGUAA